CUUUUUGGUUCUAAAGUGUUGAGUGCUCACAGCCUUCAAAAGGGUACAGUGGGGUAAAACUUAGGGGAAAUAAAUAAAAAACUAAAAAACAUUUAUGUACUUUUAUUUUAAAGCUAUAAUAACAGUCUAGAGAUUCUGUUAUUUAAAAACUAUUUCAAGAAACUUUUUUAACAAAAUGUCUAAGCGCUAUUCCAAAAUCGGUUGAAAUGUUUACAAGUAAAUAUUCUGGUACGAUAAAGCGAUCACCACUGUAAACUAGACCGAAUCCCAGCAAGACAUUUGGAAAGGGGUGCCAUGAGCCACCAUGGCGAGCGAUAUCAGCAAGAGUCCAAAUCAAAUCUAGCCAGCGAAUUGAGUGAAAUAUGGAAAUGCGGCGAUGAGAAAGCCAAACCAGAACGAAAAAAAACCGCGAGCGGCAAAAUAUUUGAGAGUGCAGCAACGGAUUAAAUCCACCGGACAAUUGUGGCAAAUUAGAUGGGAUGAGCAGAAUGGUGCAGACUCUGGCCGAGUGGAUCAGUCACCGAGCAAACGAGAUUCGCACAGCAACUGGAAACCAUCCAUCAGCAGCAGAAGCACAAGCGAUCGCGAUCUCCGCCAGAAAUAUAUCCAUUUGUUAUCCGGAGAGUCAUGCAGGUCAAGUGCCUGAUCAUCUGCCUCGCUUUGGGGCUGCUCAUGCUGGCCACGCCCCUUUGCGAGGCGCGUCGUGGGCGUGGCCGUGGACGAACCAAGUCCAGGGUGCAGAUCGGUCUGCCAAUUACCGGAAAAUAUCGCGAUCCCGAGUCCGAUCAGUACUAUAACAAUAAUAAUGGCGCCAAAAUCCUGCAAGCCUCACAUUUUGAUCUUGAGUACGUUUUGGGCCACAAGAUCGCCUUUCUUUGUGUGGCCAAGGGCAAUCCUCGACCUCAUAUCACUUGGUACAAGGAUGGAGCAGAGAUCUACCAGCACCUCUACAUGCACGUCCACGAAUGGCGCAUCGGCGAUGACAAGGUCAAGUCGAAGAUUGAGAUUGACCCUGCCACUCAAAUGGACGCCGGACUCUAUGAGUGCACUGCCGACAACAUGUACUCCAUCGAUCGGCGCAGUUUCAAGACAGAUUUCUCCAUCGCCUUCGACUGAGCGGAUCGAACUUCAACUUCAAAGUGCUUUCAAUUGUUUGAUUCCAAAGAUUUUUUUAACUUGGCAAGAUUUGAAUAUGAAAUUAAACAUCGGAUUAUGCAGAAACAAUUAAGUCAAGUCUAAUAUCAAGUUGUACAAUCCAUUUCAAAAUAUAACUUGUUAAAAAGUUUGAAACUAUUGUACAGUUUAAGAAGUCUUGUAAUGUAAUUGAUUUGAACAUAACUUUUAUAUAAAGCUGAUUAUAUAACACAAAUUAAAUAUUUCUCAAAGUUCUAACUUUAUA